AAUGAUUUGAUCAUAUGAAGCAUUGUCAUUUCAAUCACAAAAUUGUAGGCCGUAGUGCUGAAAUUCUUGGUACAUUUUUUAAAUAAAAGGAAAUCGUUUUUGUUUCCUUGUUUGAUUUGAUGCGUGUUUGUGUGUCUGUCUGUGGUGCAGAGAGGGAAACAGAGACCCUGAACCAUGCUCGUCAGCUGGUCUACCGUAACGAUCAUAGCAUAAGCACCCAAGCUGCCCCCCAGCUAGGAUGCUGUCAACCAAUAGCAUUAGGGGGCUAUCCUCAUCCUGCAAGCAACAUGGGUGACCCGACAAUGCGUCUAAGAUUCCCAAGAUACAUGUCUGGAGCUUCAUCCUCACUGCACAUGCCAACACAACCAUCACUACCGCACCAACACUUUCUAUAUGCCUCACCUCCAUUGCCCUAUUCUCAUGCAGUUAACGAUUACUAUGUGGGUCACGUUCUUACCAGCGACUAUACUUGCAUUGGGGCACCCGUAGGACAAGCAUUCGUUGGUGGUGGCAAGGACAGGUCACUGCAGGAGGAAGCAUUGAAUUGGGGAAGGGGCCACUCAGUAACACCGCAACAGCGAUUGGAUACUCACUCAGCGAUCAAUCAGUUUUAGGAUGGGUUAUAAAGGGAUCUUCUCAGUGAUGAUAUAUAUAGUUAGUUUUAUUAUGUAUCAGUAUCACAAGAUACAGGCUAUUCAGAAAGAGAGAGACUUAACGAACUGACAAAUGGGGUCAUCACGAG